GUAGCACUUCACCGCACUAUCGGCUUCGAGCUUAAACCGCACAACCCUCAAACAUGGCCACGGCCCAACAAACUCCAUCCUCAAAAUGGGCCCUCAUAACAGGCUGCAGCCCCGGCGGCCUAGGCGACGCAGAAGCCACAGCCUUCCUCACCUCCGGCAUAAACGUAAUCGCCACAGCCCUCGAAACCAAAACCAUCGAACACAUCACUCCCACCCCCAACAAUCCAAACUCAGGCUUCCUGAUCCGGAUGCACCUCGACGUAACCUCCUCAAAAUCCCUCUCAGAAGCCUACAACCUCAUCAAACAACUCACAAACGGCCACCUCCACUUCCUAAUCAACAACGCCGGCUACGGCUACUACUCCCCUCUCCUAGACGUAGACAUCUCCCUCGCAAAAAAGCAAUACGACGUCAAUGUCUGGGGAGCACUAUCCGUAACUCAAACAUUUUUCCCGUUGCUCCGCGCAGCAAAAGGCACGAUUGUAAAUCAAGCCAGCGUAGCCGGGCUGUCUGGUUUUAGUAGACCUUAUAUGGGAAUUUAUUCGAGUUCGAAAGCUGCGUUACUUAGUUUGACAGAUAUAAUGAGGUUGGAAUUCGAUCCUUUUGGGAUCAACGUCGUGGCUUUGGUUUCGGGUGCUGUGAAGACGGAGUUUGCGAAGAAUAUGAGGGGAGGGACCGUCGCGGAAACGAGCUGGUAUUCGCUCAUUCGGGAGGAUGUGGAGAAGUUGAUGCUCGAGAGUUCGGCCACUGAGGCUGGACAUGAUCGACAUCAUAUUGCCGGAAAAGUGGUGGAGGAGCUGUUGAAAGAUACGCCCGCAAACCGUGUUGUCAAUGGAUAUAUGGGAACUGUGAUCUGGCUGCUGCAUUCGUUGUUACCUCUGUGGAUGCUCGACGGGAUACAUUGGAGCGGCAGUGGAUUGGACAAAUUGAAGGCGAUCGUGGCUGGUGGAACGACGACGAAGAGUGAUUAAAUACAUUCCAUGUCUCCAUGCUUUUCAUAAACAUAUCUGGUGAGUGCAAGCUAUCAUGCUUCAGUCUUUGAACAAAACCAUGUCGUCUGACAUUCCUGUGAGCCAUGCUUCGCAGUGAUCCGCGUGCCGCAAUCACGCAACUUCAAGCAAGGACGCAGUGGGGUCACGAUCUCGUUGACCUAGUGUGGAAACGAUUCACUUGUGGCCUUCUCCAACUCUUGCAUUUCUUUCGGCUCCACUCUUCGGUUGCGGAUGCGCCGCCAGAGUGGAAUCAGCCCUGAAGCAAUCAAGGCAGCGAACACGA